AGAGAUGUUCGCAUUUACGAGUAACUUUCGCACUUUUUUAAUGAAUGGAAAACCUACGGAGAAAAUGUGCUAUGCUUAACGCUGCCUGGGAGGUUUGACUCAGGGCAAUAAACCUUACUUAAUAUUCUUUGAAUUAUGGGUAAGACAUGUCUGCGCUCUGUCUUCAUUCUGAGGACAGCAUUACUUCAAAGUGAAAACCGCGUUAUCCUCACUGUAAACCAGGAUCUCUAGCUACACAACACGGGACGUUGUCGGUUUAAAGCAUAUGGUUUAAACAUUAAGUCUGAAAAUGUCGGAAAAUACCCAGAAGGAGAGCGUCUCUGGAAAUGCGCUCACCAGAGCAGUGAUUGCUGAAAUGCUGGCGAAGAAUUUCGAAAAACUGCCUGACACUGAUCAGAAACUCUUCCUCUAUGGACCUUUGUAUCUCGGGGGAAACGCGGCACUUGCGGGAUUAAUUUCCAACAGCUUGUAUCGCAGAGCUCUGAAUGUCACGCAGGCGCCCAUCACCUCCGGCCUGCCGAUGGCCGUGCUGCCCUUCAUGACAACAGCUGCCCUGUAUAACGCAGUGGUGUCCAGCUCCCUCCUGUCCGGUGACCUCAACUGUCCCUCAUGUGCCCUGAUACGAGGUGCACUUGUGGGUGUGAUUGGUGCUGGUGUGUACCCCAUCCUCCUGGCCUUACCCGUGAAUAUUGGCCUUGCAUCCAGGUACAACACAGCACCGAUGCCAGAGAAGGGCAAUGUGCUCCGGUACUGGGUGGACCUGUCCAGACCGAUCCUUAGAAGAAUGAGGGCAGUGUUGGUGCUCCAGGCCUUCUUCGGCACCUACCUGGGCUCCAGGCAUUUUGAAUCUUACACCAAACUGUCCCAGAUAACAUUUGGUUCAGGUGGAGAGGAACUCAAAGACUAAAACCUUUUAAACUGAACCUUCAAAUAAGCACGUUGUUUUGUAUUGAUUUGCCACCAUUUUACAUGGAAUAUGUCUGAGAUUUUCCCCCAGAAAUAACAUUAAAUGUGGGCUUUGUAAGAUUGCUGGUUUGUCUCAAUUAACAUUAAAUCAACUGUGUACAUCGGCUGCCUUUCAGGCAUAUUAAGAUGAUUUAUUAAAAUCAGAAUCAGGUCCAUGCAAUAAAGAGAUAAAACUGUCAUAAUCUUCAUCAGAUAUAAUUUAAAUAAAAGAUGAAACAAUGAGUCAAUCAUUACAAAAAUAAUCUACAAUAAUUUUGAAAAAUGGUUUCAUUUAUAAAGCAAAGUGCCAUACAUCUGCUAUUUCCAGUGUCUCAAAUUUAUUGCUGUUUUCUGCUUUAUCACUUUUUAUAUUAAAUAUGGACAAAAAAAUUCAUUUAAAGAGGUCACCUUGGUCUUUGGGAAAUUGCAAUGGGCAGUUUUCACAAUUCUGUGAUAUGUUGUAGAUAAAAUAAUUAAAUGAUCAAUUUAAAAAAUAACAAAGAUUAAUCUGUAAGGAAAAUAAAUGACAGUUUCAUUUGAUGUAUGUGUUUUUGCGAAAAGCUGACUCAGCAGUGAAAUGAUAAAAAAAGUGCAGCACUGAUGUCCUGGAUCUGACUGUCAUUGAAAACACAUGUUCAACACAGGCAAUGUUUUAUUAAAACAUGUCGUCACCUUGAAUGGCAGGUUUGACAUCACAUCUCUGGCUCUCUACAGUCUUAACUUGUCUGGGGAACGUGUUACAAGAAAAGCAAGUUUAUUGAUGACAAAUGAGGAGGGAGAAUUAAAGUCAGUCUGUUAUUAAGAGGGAAAGGUGCUUCUUAAGAGGAAACACUGACAUCAAUCAAUUAUAGCAAACUGAAUAAGACUUUUUUAAAAAGCUUAUAAUUACAUAGUUCCCCAUCCCUUUCCCAUACCCUUCCUUCCUCCCACCCCCCACCCUCAAAAAUGGCUCCCGAAUCACAACAAAACUGCCAAAAACAAAGCUCAGUGACAAUCCCACAAAACGAUAAACAACACAUUUCAAGUCAGAGGAACCUGAAUUAUCAUGACAACCAGUGAUUCAUAUGGCACAAGUUUCCCUCUUUACUUCUUUAGACAGACAAAAGUCUCCAAUUCAUCAUUGUCCUUCCAUUGAAUGCAACAAUACAUCAUCACUACAAAGUCUGUGUUGCUGUAGUAAUCUUUACAAGGUGGAUACGCUUAAUGCCCCUUUAAAAACACCCGUCAUAGCAUGCCAUUGUACUUCAUUUUCAAGAAAGGAAAGUUACAAUAAAAACUAUACAUCUGUCAGCACAGAAAUCUCCAUAAAUAUAUCAGACAACUGAACGUCAGUCAGAGAAAACUUCCUGAAGAGCAGAAAGAUGAGGGGUAAAUGUCACCUGUACACAAUCUACACCUGGCCUGGCUCCUGCUGUGACCGUUGAGCUAUACUGUCGUUUUCUUGCAUUAAUGGCACAAUACAUUUAAAAGGAGUAAACACUUCUUAAACAGUUGGUAUUCCCCGCCCCAACACUUUCCCAAAUUAAGAUAAAAGAAUAAAUAAAAUGUCAAGAAGACAUGACCAAUAACACAGGUUUCUCCAGUCAUUCUCAUGCAAAACAAGACAGUGACAAUCUGAACAGACGUGGAUGCAUGAACAUACACACAUUCCCACACAUAAAAAGUACACAUGAGAUGAACUGGUAAAAUGCUCAAGGCAUGUCAUCUUCUGUUGUCCCAGAUAUACAAGCGGUUCCCAUUCCUUCAGUAGGCCUAUAAAAUUUGACAGCUGAUGUGGGCUAGCCAGCGCCCUUCACGUCAUUGUAAGUUUCAUUACAGUACAUUACAAGUAAAGGAAAAAAGUUAAAUUAAAUAUCUAGACAAGGCUUUGGACCAAAGGGGAAGAGAA